GCCAAACCCAGGAGAAAAAGAGCCCACCAAUCAGCCCAUCCUUAACAUUUCCUCCAAAUCCCUAAAUCGGUAUCUGGCUGCUGCGAGUCGUUCUCCUUCUCCUCGAUGACCUUGACUGCUCCCAGCGCUGUGCUGCUGCUCAUCUGGCCAUUUCCUUUCUUCUAGUCUUCUUCUUCUUCUUCUUUUCAUAGCCCUGCGACGUUGUAGACCUGUUCUAAAUCCCUAAAGACUUUGGGCAAGCAAUUUCUUCUACCUCCUUCUUUGAUUCUAUCCUCGGGCCCCUGAGAAGAUCUUUCCCUGCCGUGUUGACAUUGUUGUUCUACCCAUAAAAAAUUAACCCUUUAAAGCAACUCAAUUUGGGAUAGAUGCAAUCGUUUCCCCUCUCUGAAUCUCCUGCUGUAAAUUGAAAAACUAACAUUUAAUCCAAUCCCAACAGUAGAUAGUAGAGAAGAAGGAUGGGAGAAAGAAAGGUUUUGAACAAGUAUUAUCCACCGGAUUUUGACCCGUCGAAGCUUCCCCGUAUUCGGAGACCGAAGAAUCAGCAGAUUAAGGUCCGGAUGAUGCUUCCCAUGAGCAUCCGUUGUAACACUUGCGGUAAUUAUAUCUACAAGGGCACCAAGUUCAAUUCUCGCAAGGAAGACGUUAUUGGCGAGACAUAUCUGGGAAUUCAAAUAUUUAGGUUUUAUUUCAAGUGCACCAAAUGUUCCGCUGAGCUUGCCAUAAAGACUGAUCCUCAGAAUUCCGAUUAUGUCGUUGAGAGUGGAGCUACGCGAAAUUUCGAACCCUGGCGCGCUGAGGAUGAGGAAGCUGAUAAGCAAAAGCAAAAAAGGGAUGCUGAGGAGAUGGGUGAUGCAAUGAAAUCAUUGGAGAACCGGACCUUGGAUUCUAAGAGAGAGAUGGACAUCCUUGCCGCACUUGAUGAAAUGAAGUCUAUGAAGUCAAGACAUGCAACUGUGAGCGUGGAUGCAAUGCUCGAGGCCUUGCAGAAGACAGCUGCAGAAAAGGAGAAGAAGUUGGAAGAAGAAGAUGAGGCACUAAUUAAAUCAAUUUUUGAACGGAGGCCAAAAGAGGUUAUUCGAAGGAUUUCUGAUUCAGAUUUGGAUGAUGAUGAAGAUUCCAAUCAGCUUUCAAAUGGCCAUGGUGAAACAUCGAAUGAUAAUCCAAAGAGGAGAAAAAUUUCCAAUGAAAAUCCUAGUAAACCAACAGAUGCACUAACAAAGGCCAAUGUUUCGGAUAGCACAGACAAUGGAGAAACUUCAAGUACGUUGAAGAUGCAGAGUGAUGCCAAGCCCAAGCUCAUAUCUCCAUUUGUGAGGAUUGCAGUUGUUAAGAAACCAGUCGGAGCUUCUGAUGGUAGCAAGCUGGCUUCAGCUGAAGAGAGUAAACAAGUGGAGGGAGAAGGUAAUGACACAAACACCGGACUCCUAUCAUUAUGCCAGAACUACAAUAGUGAUGAUGAGUAGUCGGUCAAUGUAUUGGCAUGAUUAAAUAAUGUUCAAAUGUAAAUGAAGUAAUGAACCCCAAAGGAAAAAAAAAGAAAGAAGUUUCAGAAGCAUGGGCUACCUGUUACAAAUUACGUAUGUGGGUGCUGCAUUUUCUGUAAACGCAUAAACUUCAAAAUUUUCUAUGCUAUCUAUUAUCCUCUCACAUAUACUGAAUUCCAGAAGAUUUGAUAGAUGGAAAAGCGGAAGAAUGUAGCAUAUUUGGUAUUAGAAUUUAACACAAAGUGAAGUUCUACAUUUAAA